CAGACACGGAGGCUUCACCCAGAUCACAGGUGAUUUCAUCAGAAGCCUGGUGUUUGCCCCACUGCCCCUCCUCCUUAGCCAUUGGUGGCUGUGCGGCUUCAUCCCUCUCCACACAUCUGCUCUAUGGAGCGCCGGCGGUCUAAGAGCCACGGCCUCCGAGGGAAGAAGGUGGAGUACGAGGACAUCACGGCGGGGGUUCAAGACCAUGUCCAGGCUGUUGCAGUAUCCGAGUCGGCCUCCGUGGCCCAGCCCACUGUCCAGUCCACGGAUGUCCCCUCUCCACCAAACCCCGUCUCCUUCCCUGAGAUGUCCAGGACGGGUCAAGAGGAGGGGGUCGAGCUCAAGUGUCGUCCAAGUGAAGUGGACGGCCGCUCAAAUCGGAGAUCGCCAGAUGUGCACAUCUUACGUGCCCUCCGCCAGAGUUCCAUCACCACGCUCUACAUGGCCUCUGACCCUCCAGACAGCCCCGACGCACAGCCUCAGCCAGCAGACAGCACAGGCCCUGUGGCCAUGGAGCCGCGCCCUGAGGAUGAGGAGAGGGAGGAAGAUGGGGUUGAGGAAGAAGAAGAUGAUGAUGAUGAUGAUGAUGAUGAGGUGGUGAUUAGAAGAGGGCGGCUGGGAGCUGUGGGGAGAGGGAGUAAGCAGAGGGUUCCACUGACUCCCCCGAGAAACCAGAGGGGUCAAGAACAAAAACAACAACAGCAACAACAACAACAACAACAACAACAACAACAACAACAUCACCACUAUCAUCAUCAGCAGCAACCACUACAACAAGAACACCAGCAUCAACAACUGCAACAAGAACACCAGCAUCAACAAUUGCAACAGAAAGAGCCAGAACCACAUCAGCAACAGCAACUAUUACAGCAGAAUCUGCACCAGGAGCUUCAACUUCAACUGCAGCAGCAACAGGGCUAUCAUCUUUUGCAAUUGCAGCAUCAGCAGCAACAACAAUUUCAUCAUCAUCAUCAUCAUCUGCAGCAGCAACAGCAGCACCAGCUACCGCUUCUGAUGCAACAUCCACAUCUCCAACACCAACACCAUCAGCAACAGCAACAUCUCCAUCAGCAACAACAGCAGCCACAGCAGAAUCACCAGCAACAGCAACAGCAGCAAAGACAACACCAACAUGGUCAACAGCAACAGCAGCAGAAUCACCAUCAACAGCAGCAAAGACAACACCAACAUGGUCAACAGCAACAGCAGCAGGCUGCAAAGUCUAGACCACCGAGGGACAAAGCAGCACGACAGAUCCAACAGACACAACAGGCGGCGUGUGAGCAGGCCGUCUUCGUGCCGCCACGCAGUCCCUUGGGCAUCUCGAGCACCCAGUCGGACAGCGCAAUCAGCGGGCAGGACAUCACCAGCGAACAGCGCCUGUUCUACGGAGCGCACAUCGGCAGUGAGACACGCAACGUGGAGUUCAAGAGAGGGGGAGGUGAGUACCUGCGUUCCACCUUCCGCUCACACCUGCGCCGCUAUGCGUGUGCCUUCCUGAACAGCGGCGGCGGGAUGCUGCUGGUUGGAGUGGACGACGAGGGCGUGGUGCGCGGCCUGCGCUGUGACCACCGGCAGGAGGACCGCGCCCGGCUGCUGGUGGACUCGGUGCUCAAGUUCUUCCAGCCGCCGCUGCUGCCCCACUGCUACAGCCUCAGCCUCCUACCCGUGGUGCGCCCGGGGCCAGAGGGCCUCCACCUCAAGGUGCUGCGCCUGGCGCUGCACCCCCCUCCGGCCCACACCCAGCUGGCGCUGUACCAGACGGACCUGGGCGAGGUGUACCUGCGGAGGGACGGCAGCGUGGAGGGACCCCUCUCGGCCAGCGCCAUCCAGGAGUGGGCCAGACAGCGUUGGAGCGGGGAGAUGAUGCGCCUGCAGCACUGCAUCCAGGUGCUGCUGACCGAACAGGGGCUCCUCCUCCAGGAGAUGCGGCAGCAGAGCCUGACCAUCGCCGCCCUGCAGCGGGCACAGAUGCCCCCUACAGAUGGCAUCACGACCGCCACCUCCGUCGCCUCAACUGCCCCUCCCUCGUCUGCUCUCACCUCCAUCACCCCGACCCCCCCGCCGCCAACAGCGCCCCGCCUGGAGGGCCUGCGAGACCGCCUGCUGAAGAGCAAACUCGGGCGCAGGGUCAGUCCGUCGCGGACCCCCCCUCACAGCCUCUCCGGCAGCCCAUCGCAGAGCGACACCCCCAUUCUGGUGCCCACCACACCAGCGGGCUCCCAGGACCACAUGGCGGACGAGUCGGUCAGCGAGGGGUCGGGGGGGUCGGGGGGGUCGGGGGGGUCCGGCGUGCAGCUGAGGGGCUGGUGGGUGCCUCAGGGCUGUGAGGGAACGUGGGGGGCCACGGAGGGUGGGGGGCCAGGGCCCCCGCAAUGCCAACGGGAAGCUGGCACAGAGCCGGAGGAGGGCACCCAGACGCCAGUCUCCACCGCCUGCACCAUCAUGUGA